AUGAUCCGCAGAGCCUUUGAGGCUGGGUGGGGUUUUGUAUUGACCAAAACGUUUGUCCUGGACAAGGACAGUGUGGUCAAUGUGUCCCCUCGAAUUGUUAGAGGGUCCACCUCGAAUCAUAUUUAUGGACCGGGGCAGACCUCAUUUCUAAAUAUAGAACUGAUCAGUGAGAAGAGUGCAUCCUAUUGGCUCACGUCCAUCGCUCAGCUCAAGCGUGACUUCCCUGAACAGAUCAUCAUUGGGAGUAUCAUGUGUGGCUAUGUAGAGGAGGAUUGGGUGGAGUUGGCUAAGAAGACCGAGGCUUCUGGUGCGGAUAUACUGGAGCUGAACCUGUCCUGUCCCCAUGGAAUGGGUGAGAAGGGCAUGGGCCUGGCCUGUGGGCAGAGAGAGGACCUGGUGGAGGACAUAUGCAAAUGGGUACGGGCCGCAGUCAGCAUUCCAUUCUUUGCCAAAUUGACACCCAAUGUCACUGAUAUUACAGACAUUGCCAAGGCUGCUCAGGUAGGUGG